AUGCCUUUGCCUGAGGCUGGAAGAGCCAAUUUAUUUUAUCUCAGUUGGUGUCCCAAAAACUCGGGAGAACAACAAGGAUUCAUCGUCACAUUUUCUGCCACCGAUAUUAUAGGCGAAAAGAUUCAUUAUUUUAACGAGAGCACGAUUACAUUGAGAGAGACUGAUCCCGUGUUUAUCAUUGCAGGAAUUACACUUUUUAACUCCAUCUCUUACGCGCCAGUUUGCAUCAAUGCCGAAUGCCAAAAUUGCAACUUUGUGGUCGACUUUUUACAAUACUGUGAAAAUCUAAUUGAUCUCAAAACCGAAUGCGAAAAUCAAACGCAAGUGCUAGUAAAUGGAAAAACGCAAACUUUAGAGAAUUGCACUUACAGUAGAAACGCAAGAUCCCAACGUAUACGUCAAGAAUGUCAAUUCGUUGUCGCAAAUCCGCUAACAAUUAUGGUUUUUGGAUAUGAAUUCGACGUAGAAAAUAGUUUCUUUGCAUUUCGCGUUGAUAAGUGGAUUGAUGAUAAAUUAAAUUUCAAAAUGCAUGCAACGGACUAUCAAUUUUUGCGCUACAAAGGAAAGCUUGCUGCCGCGGACUCACUAAGGAUUGAGGAGCAAGAGAAAGGACUAGAUGAAGACGUUUUUAUUCCACAAUUGUUGGAUGCCUCCUUUUAUAGUGUUUAUAUACCGCCCGGCUGCUCGCCAAGCAUUGUCACGUCAUCGGCUUUUUGGAAAAAGACCGAAAGACAGCAAGAGGUUUGUGAAGGUACUCUCGCUCUUGUCACCCAGGGUUUUCACCAAUUCAACGAGCUGCUUGACUCCAGCUAUUUUAUGGAUCAUUUGAUUUAUUGUUACAGUUUCCCCAUUACUGUUACGAUCGAAUUUGUUGAGGUAUUGAGCGGGAAUGUUUACGUCGGCUUUCAAGACAUUUACAUGAACAUUAUUGAGAGUGUCAGUUGGAAUCACGAAAAACCGCAGCCCUUUAACCACAGUGUCUCUGGUUUUCCAAGGAUUUGGGUAAUUUGCUUUGAAUAC